GUGGUGGAUUGUGAUGAGAAGAGGGCUGGGCCACUGAACCAGGCUGUAGGAAGGGUUAGAAGCAGAGCAAGUGGGAGAACUAGGCUCUGACCAGUCAAACCAGUAAGGGAACCAACUGCAAGCAAGUUCACACAUAUGCAAAACCAGCUGCUGACGGCAGGGGACAAACACUACCACCCCAGCUGUGCACGAUGCAGCAGGUGCAACCAGAUGUUCACAGAAGGUGAAGAAAUGUACCUCCAAGGCUCUACAGUUUGGCACCCCAACUGUAAGAACAGUACCAAAGCUGAGGAAAAGCACAGGCCUACAAGGUCCUCGUCCGAAAGUAUUUGUUCCCGACCUGGUUCAAGCAUUCCUGGCUCACCGGGUCACACCAUCUAUGCGAAAGUAGACAAUGAGAUCCUGGAUUACAAAGACCUAGCCGCCAUUCCCAAGGUCAAAGCCAUCUAUGACAUCGAAAGACCAGACCUCAUUACAUAUGAGCCUUGUUACACCACCGCCCUGGAUGAGAGGCAGAGUCUGGGAGAGCCUCCGGCCCCCAGGAGAGAGCGGUCCUCCCUGCUGGAGCAGCGAUCUCCAAGGACCCUGUCCCCUACACCCUCUGCAGAGGGCUGCUUUGACAUGAGGGAGCGCAUCAUCCAGAGGUCCACCAGCCAGGGUUCCAUUGGCUCCCCUGUGUACAGUCGCCAUAGUUACACCCCCACGUUGUCACGGUCACCACAGCACUUCCACCGGCCGGAGUUGUUGACUGGAAUGCAGAAGCUCUGCUCGUCUUUGCGCAGUAGCUCCGUCCAUAAUGACUCCCGCCCCACCUCCCCAUUCCGCCACCACUUUAUACCCCAUACCAAAGGCACAGAGCCCAGCAGCGGCCGAAGUUCCCCUGCCCCCUCUCGGCCUGACAGCCGGCCGCUCACUCCGACCCUAUCCCUGAACCCUAAACAUUUCCAUCUUCCAGAUCAAGGCAUCAACAUGUACCGGAAACCUCCCAUCUACAAGCAACACGCUGCCCUGGCGACCCAGAGCAAGUCCGCCGAUGACAUCAUCAAAUCCGCCAAGUUCCCGGCGGCACACGCCCCUAACCCCGACGCGACGCCAAAGAUCGAGACAGACCACUGGCCCUGCCCACCCUCCCUCGCUGCCGUAGGGUCAGACGGGAGGCGGCGCUCACAGGAAGAGGAUGAGGAGGAGCUACAGAAACGCAGACACAUCCAGGAGGAACACCUCAGCAAGAUUCAGUCAGGUCUGGGGAAACUGAUUUUGAAGGAGGAAAUGGAGAGAGAGAUGAACAGAGAGAGAUAUACCCGCAGUCUCUCCUCGCAGCGCUACGAGAGCCCCUAUAUCAACUGCACUGCAGGCUGUAUCCGAUUUUCAGAUAAAACAUCCUCACUCCCCGGCUAUGGACGCAAUGGCCUCCAUCGGCCACAGUCCACAGAGUUCAGCCAGUACAACAGCUACAGCGACGUGAGCGGAGAAGGAAGGCGAGAGUUUAAGCCCGCUCUCGAUGACUCUGCGCCUGUAACAAGAAUGGACAGGGGAAACUCUAUGCCUAAUAUGUUGGAACCAAAAGUCUAUCCUUAUGAGAUGCUCACGGUCACCAGCAGAGGGCGAGCUAAGCUACCUAGGGAUGUGGAUAGGACAAGACUAGAGCGCCACCUGGCUCCAGAACUGUUUUUUGAGAUCUUUGGGAUGGAGAUUGAGGAGUUUGACAGACUGCCCCUCUGGAAACGUAAUGAGAUGAAGAAGAAGGCCAAUCUCUUCUGACCACGGGAGCGUGCAUGUUUUCACCCAUGAGCCCAUCCGUCACUCCCAUGUAAUAUACAUAUAGACAUCUGCUCUCUUAUUCUGACAUUAAUAUGCAAAAAGACACCGAAUAAACAUGUUCGCUUCAAA